AUGGUCAAUACCUUGAAUUCUUCAUCAGUCGGAUCAAACCCAAGAAAACUCUUCACUAACGCUCUUCUUCGUCUUCACUUUGGUAAAGGCAACAACUGUCCUGUGCUUGGGAGACGAGCUCUCACCUUGAGGUGCCGAGAAGAAGUAGAGCUCACUGUCUUUUCGGAAGGAGAACAAGAGCCGAGGACGAGCCAAAGACAUGGUCAAGAAAGCUCAGUGAAAUACGGACCGCGAAGCGUGGAGUUCCAGAGCUUCGAUACACAUCGACUUCUCGCUACAGACUUCCCCGGCAAUCUCAAGAGGAUUUCGGUGAUGAGAUCAGUUGAGAUCGUCUCUGAGUUUUCUUCUUUGCAUUCGUUGAUGAGGUCGAAGCUCGAGAUUUGCGUCGGGAAACGGUUAGACUAUCCUCAGAGAAGUACUCCCUCCGCCGUGUUUUCAUGGCUGAUACAGGGAAAAAAAAAUGGAUCAAGAUUAAGGAACAACAACAAAACAAACGUCUUCUGCAGCAAAUAG